UACUGGAAACAAAUAUAAAAAUUUGUGACUUUGGCUUGUAUAAAAAGGGAAAAGGCAGUGGAUCUUGAUCAAUGGCUAGGAUGGUGGACACACAAAAUUUAUGUGAAACACGAUAGUGUGGUCUGAUUUUAACAUUGGGUGACAUGGUGCAUGGUGGGAAGCUGGCCAAAAUGGUCUGUCUAUGUUUUCAAAAGAGAGAAAUCUGUCUAUUUCCAUGGUCUUAGGAGAUUGCUAGGAGAAGCAAGAAUGGAAGCAUUGACCAUAGAUUUGGAAGACUUUGAAAACUCCGAAACAGCCUCCUUUCUGGGGAGUUAUUUGAUCUCUUCAUCUCCAUUUACCAUUCUCCAUUGAUAUACAAAUCACUUUUCUUCUCCUUCUUCUUCUUCUUCUAAAGCCCGGAUUUUUAGCCAAAAAGAGAUUGACCCAGAUCAGCUUUGCAGCCAACAGGGGUAAACGAUUCAGAAUUUUGGUUAAAUCUUUGUCUUCGUGAGGAGCAGGUUUAGGUGGCUAUCGAAUUCAGAUAGAAAAUUUCACUGAGAUUUGUGGAUAGUUUAGGUCGGAAGUUGGUGAUUCUCUAAAGAUGGCUGGGGUGCAAGAUCAGUUAGAGAUCAAGUUUCGAUUGACUGAUGGAUCUGAUAUUGGUCCCAAAACCUUUCCUGCUGCCACAAGUGUUGCAACCUUGAAGGAGAGUAUUCUCUCUCAAUGGCCUAAAGAGAAGGAGAAUAGUCCAAGGACAGUGAAAGAUCUCAAGUUAAUAAGUGCGGGAAAAAUACUGGAGAACAACAUAACUGUGGGGGAAUGCCGGAGCCCCCUGUGUGAUAUCCCUGGUGGCGUUACAACCAUGCAUGUAGUUGUUCAACCAUCUUCCUUGGAUAAAGAAAAGAAAUCAAUCAGCCAAUCAAAGCAGAACAAAUGUGUUUGUGUUAUAUUAUAACUACAGCUCCCUGAGCAAGGAUGACAUCAAGGUAAAGAGUUUGGAGCUGGUUUAGAUAACAAAGCUGGUGAAUUGCUUAUUGGUGAUAGGCAAUGGCAUUUUGCACACUUAUCAUAGGUCAUCUUUUUGUACCAUUCUUUGCCUUCAUCAUAUAGCCGUGUUUCAAUCCAUUUGGUAUACUGUGAUUAAUGUUAAGUUUGAAUUUGCCUCAGCUUGUAUGCAACUAGAUCUCAGAUUUAUAUGUUGAAAGUUACCGAUAGAUGAAUAUUUUCAUAUUUUUCAUUUCAAA